AGGAAAACAGCUCUUUCAGUCCACGAGCUCGCCAAUUCUACUACUAAGCAGGCAUUAAUAUCGGCAACAUGGCAAAUGGGCUCUCUGAGUUUGAGAAGCAGCGUCUGGCGAAUAUUGCAGAGCGUGACGCGCUGCUGAAGAAGCUUACUCAGGAAGCCCAGUCGUCCGGCUUGUUCGCCAAACCAUCACCGAAGGCUUCGGCCGCGGCAGACAGCCCACGACUGAAGAAGAAACCGUCGGUGAGAAAGGUCAAGAAGGAAGAAGAGGCGCCUGUUCCCCGUCGCAAAUCGUCCCGGUUGCUCGGAAUCGCAGCAGAUAGUGAGGUCGCCAAACGCAAAGCGGACGAAGAACAUGAAGCGCUGCAGCAAGCGGAACGAGCGAAACGCAUUCGGAAAUCAGACAGUUUCACAUUCAGCGAUAUCCUGAUCUCAGGCCAGAAGCUUAGUGGUGACAGCUUGAUUGGCAUCGAUAUGGUCACGAAGGGAGUCGCCAAACCCUACGAGCGGACGUUUGGAGAUGAAGAUAUUCAACAGACAACGGAUAAGGAAUUGAGAGCUCUUAGGGAGGAGAUGAGCAACUUGCAGCUUUGGGAGGCGUGGGAACCCAGCAGAAUCAAACUUACACCCGAGAGAGUCUACACCAUGACUUUUCAUCCGACAGAGUCAAAGCCGCUGAUCUUUGCUGGAGACAAGAUGGGCCAUCUGGGCAUACUCGAUGCAUCGCAAGAGAAACCCUCAUCGAGUAUAAAGACAGAAGACGAAGACGAAGAAGAUGACGAUCCAGACCCAGUGAUGACGACGCUGAAGCCUCACACUCGAACCAUCAGCAGCAUGUUAAUCAACCCGUCGAAACCAACUCACCUGUAUACUUCAAGCUACGACAGUUCCAUCCGGGAGAUGGAUCUGGAGAAGACCACGUCUGUAGAGAGAUAUGCCCCGGAGUCGACGUCGAUCGACGAGCCAAUCUCCAGCAUCGACAUGGCAGCCGAUAACCCCAACAGCCUUUUUUGGACCACCCUUGACGGGGCCUUUGGACGUUUCGAUCUCCGUACCGCGAACCGAUCCGCCGUCAAGAGCUGGCAGCUUUCAGAGAAAAAAAUCGGCGGCUUCUCCCUGCACCCGACACAACCACACUACUUUGCCACGGCCAGUCUGGACCGGACCAUGCGCCUGUGGGAUCUUCGCAAGCUGUCGCACGACGACCCAGUCCCUGUCGGCGAGCACGAGAGCCGCCUGUCGGUCUCGCACGCUGCGUUCAACAGUGCCGGGCAGAUCGUCACUUCCUCGUACGACGAUACGCUCAAGAUCUACGACUUUGCCGCCAAGGGCCUCUCCUCCUGGAAACCCGGCCACACUCUUCCAGAAGACGAGAUGAAGCCCGACGUUAUGGUCAGGCAUAACUGCCAAACAGGCCGCUGGGUAACCAUCCUCCGCCCACAAUGGCAACUCAACCCGCAAUCCCACAUCCAGCGCUUCUGCAUCGGCAACAUGAACCGCUUCGUCGACAUCUACAGCAGCGCGGGCGACCAGCUCGCCCAGCUGGGCGGCGAGGGCAUCAGCGCCGUCCCUGCCGUGGCGGUCUUCCACCGUAGCAAGAACUGGGUGGCGGGGGGGACGGCGAGUGGGAAGAUCUGCUUGUGGCAGUAAUCAUGUUUUGUUCUUUGAUGGUUCCUUGAAUGUAAUUCUAGUACAUAGUUUUGAGGGAAUCUUUGAGGAUGGUAUCAUAUCAUCCUUUUUAUUCAAACUCAAUAAAUUUACAUCUAAAGUAAGGACAGGGUUUAAAUAUCCAG